CUCUUCCGGCGGCUCCAGGAUGGCGAGUGAAAAGGAAAACCCUAUGCGCGAGCUCCGCAUCAGAAAACUCUGCCUGAAUAUCUGUGUGGGUGAAAGUGGUGACAGACUCACCAGAGCUGCUAAAGUGCUGGAGCAACUCACUGGUCAGACCCCAGUGUUUUCCAAAGCUCGUUACACUGUGCGGUCCUUUGGCAUCAGGAGAAAUGAGAAAAUUGCGGUUCAUUGCACAAUCCGUGGGGCCAAAGCUGAGGAAAUCUUGGAGAAAGGCCUAAAGGUUCGGGAAUAUGAACUGAGAAAGAACAACUUCUCAAACACUGGAAACUUUGGGUUUGGUAUCCAGGAGCACAUUGAUUUGGGCAUCAAGUAUGAUCCUGCCAUUGGAAUCUAUGGUCUGGAUUUCUAUGUGGUCAUGGGACGACCCGGCUUCAGUAUUGCAGACAAGAAGGUCAAAAGAGGUCGCAUUGGUUCCAAGCACAGAAUCUCCAAAGAAGAAGUAAUGCGAUGGUUCCAGCACAAAUAUGAUGGUAUCCUCCUGCCUGGAAAGUAACUUGACAGAAUGAUACUUUUCCAAUAAAGACAGUUUAU